AUGGCUUCACAACCCGAUACAGUCGCCGGCGCCUCCGCUCCUCCUGCCGCUCAAACCAUCCCUUCCCAAAUAGACACCACCCACGCACAGUCAUCAGAACAACCUCUCGAGAUGAGUGAGCUGCCCGCCUCGCCGAGGACCGUAAACGAGGAGUUCGCAGAUGCCGUACAGCAGCAGGAACCCCAACAUGCCACAGACGCUGCUCCUGCCCCUUCCGCCGACGCUCCAGCACCCCUCGAACGUAAAGAAACGGAAGCUUUGGGACCUGCUACUGACGCUCCCAUCACGACUGCUGCUUCCGCCGGCCCUACUCUCAACAUCUCUCUCAUGCUGACGACGGGAGUGAGACAUCCUUAUAAGAUUGAUGAGAAGUACCUUCGAAAUCGCAAGGUCGAAGCCAAGAAUGCAGAGGACGAGUUUGAUCCACGAGAGAUCAGUGGGUACAAGUUGAAAGAGCUCAUUUGGACGGACUGGAGGAAGGAGUGGGAGCCCAGACCGAUGAGUCCGAGCAGUAUACGGCUCAUCAUCAUGGGAAAGAUGAUUGAAGACAAGAAGGCCCUCAAAGAAUUCAACUUCAACGUCGAUGGCCCCAACGUUUUGCAUAUGACCGUCAAGCCCGCAGACCUUAUCGAUGACGAUGAGACAGCUGAACAGCGCACCCCCAAACUGGUGAAAAAGCUGGUCGGCGAGGGCCUGAGAAGAAUGGGUCAAGAAAUGCAGGCAGAAGCGCUCCACGAGGAACUGGAGAUUCUGGAAAGGAGGUAUCGGGAAGCUGAGGAUUGGGUGGAUGAGCCCCCAACAACUCUGCGCGGGAACAGCUGGGACUCGCAAAUGGAUGAUGAACUCCUCCUUCAGCAACAGCAAGGUCUGGUGGGAGAGGUAGAGAAUCUGCAGGAGGAGCAGCGUGAAGAUGCACAAGCACACAUGCAAGCACAAGCAAAAGCACAAGAGCAAGAGCAAGAGCAAGAGCGUGUACGUGGUAACAAGAAGCGCGGUUGCGGCUCGGGAGGCUGUUGUUGCUCCUGA